AACGAUUAGAGGAAACCCUCUAAUUUUACACGCGGUCACCGAAAGCCCCUCGUGUCGCGCCGUUAGUGUUUUGAAGUUAGUUAAUAAGUGUUGAACCUCGAGCCACGAACUCUUUAGAGCCGUGUAGUGCUAAGUGUAGUGGUAAUUGUGUGAGAGAGCGAGUAUUCGGAUUUGUAAUCACCAAAGAAUCGAGGAUGGUGAUGGGAAAGUUCAAGACUUCUAUCAAAUCAGAAGAGAAUUGUGUUCGAAGGGAAAACUGUUUGAAGAUCCACAAUUCCCGGCAGUAUCUGCGUCUUUAUUUCCCAAAGGGAUUCCUAAGGAGCGUUUUAUGUUAAAUUACUUGAAAUGGGUACGGCCAAAGGAAAUCACCGCUGAACCGAAAUUUUUCGUGGAUGGAGUCUCUCGAUUCGAUAUUGAGCAACAAAGAUUCGGCAAUUGUUGGCUAAUCGCAGCAAUAUCUCGUCUAGCGAUGGAUCCAAACCUGUUGUUCCAAGUCGUACCUCAGGAUCAGAAUUUCAACGAAAACUACGCCGGAAUAUUCCAUUUCAGAUUUUGGCGGUAUGGAAAAUGGGUCGAAGUCGUGGUUGAUGACCGUCUCCCUUGUUAUGGGACUGCUCGUUCAAGUGAAAGAACUGAAUUCUGGAGCGCUCUGCUUGUCAAAGCGUACGCCAAGUUUUACGGUUCCUGGGAGGCCACAGAAGACGGCCAGUCAACCGAAGCCUGGCAGGAUUUUACCGGUGGUCUGACUUCGAUUUACGAUUUGGACGUUGCACAGUCAAUACCUUUUGAAGUUUUACUGGAAGCUUGGGAGAAAAAAUUGCUCAUGGGAUGCGGUACUCCUAAGAUGAAGAAACUUGACGGCUUGUAUGGUGAUCAUGCCUACUGUAUUACGGAAGUCCGUAAGUACAAGGGGAAAAAUAUGGUGAGACUGAGGAAUCCAUGGGGUAUGAUGGAAUGGCAAGGCCAAUUUGGCGAUGCAGAUCCUCUGUGGAAAACCGAUAGUAAGAUGGCAGAGGCGCUGAAUUUCAAGCCUGACGCAGAUGGCGAAUUUUGGAUGCCCUACGAACUGGUUUCGGAUUAUUUUACUGAACUUGAAAUUUGUGAACCGCUCGAUACAAGCACAAGAAAAUUGGAAGUCACUACUUUCGAAGGAGAAUGGCAGUACACUACUACUGUGUCCAAAGGUCACUUGAGAACCUUGUGUCAAAAUGCUCAAUAUCGCAUAACGUUGGGAAAUUCGGAACAAGUAAACGGAAAGUGCACGAUAAUCGUGGCAUUACUGCAGAAAAAUCGAAGGUCGAAACGACUAAAAAAUUUGAAAAUUGGAUUUGAAAUUUAUCAACUGGACAAUCCUGAAAAAUCACCAAACCCCCUAGACAUCGAUUUCUUCAAAAAAAAUGAGUCCGUAUCUGGAUCCGGUGCGGUUGGGGAGCAACGGGAAGUUCAACGCAAAUUUGAACUAGUUCCCGGAGUUUACUGUGUAAUUCCUUGUGUCUAUCGGGACAGUCACUCGAAUAAGGGAUCCGAAUUCGUGGCCAUUUCUGACGAAGCAGAAGAAUUCUUGCUCAGAGUCUUCUUUGGGAAUUCAAAUAACUUGAUGUAAAUGGCGUAAUUUGUGGUAAUUCGUGAUUGCCGCCGACAGAGAAGAGUAAUAAUUUUACAGCGACUAACGGAAUUCUAAGAAAUCAUAUCUUAUUCGGCAAAAACUACCUCACAGCAUCCUAUCAAUCUUAAUUGUAACGGGACAACCAUGAACCAUUUAUAACCACAAUCUAAUAGUUUACUUAUUUACAACACGCUUGAAUUCUGUAAUUAUGAAUUCAAGUGAAGAUUACGAGCAUACGUUUCCACGUAGCGUGAUUACAGAAACAAUUGUCACAGUUGCCAUCAGAAUAGAACAGCGCCUCCAACUUUAAAUGUCUACACCACAUCCAAAGCAACUCAUGGUUUUCGUCAGCCGACGUUUGCAUGGAGUUACCUCGUUUAAGUAGCCAGUUAUUCUUGACGAACAAUGACAGCGAAAAUAUGUAUUAUUUUCUAACCUCUCUUUAGUCGUAAAUAAACAUGUGUAUUUUAUUUCUGAUCUGUUGGUGUAAAGAACGUUUCUCUUCAUACUUGUGUUAUUUUUUUUUUUUUUUUAAGAGAAUUUUUAACACGCGUUUGGGAUGGAAAUCUAAAUGAGUAAAAGUGAAACGUCACGAAAGUACAAUUGCUCCUCAUUGUCUGGGCAGCGUGGAUUGUUACCAAUUUACGUUUUGUCGAGGUGACCAAAAAAUGGAAUCCAACUAUACUUUUGUAAGAAUCGAAAAUAUCUUGUUGUUAUUUAUCCGAUAACCAUUUUCUCGCAGUGCAUUCGAACUAGGGUAGUUCUUAUUUUGGUCAUGUCGGAAUUUCUUCGCGCUCAUUUCCCAAAAGUACUCAACAUAUACAUAUAGAAAAAAAUUGGCCGCAACCCCGAAUUCGUCCGAUAACUCCAACACGUCCCGCCAAGCAGUCGAAUCUUGAAUAC